UAAAAUUUUGCCGAGAACUGACACUUAAAACAUAAAAAAAAAAUAGAAAAAGGUGAAUUAGAGUGAAAAUGUCGACUUUUGAAUGGAGCGAACAUAGAGCUCCUGACGGACGGAUAUAUUACUAUAAUUCCGUCACAAAAGAAAGCCGUUGGGAUAAGCCAGAUUCAUUAAAAACACCAGGCGAACGUUUAUUAUCAACAUGCCCAUGGAAAGAAUAUAUAUCUGAUUCCGGUAAACCGUAUUAUUAUAAUUCAGCUACUAAAGAGUCACGAUGGACAGCACCACCAGAAUUUAAUGAAAUCAAACAGAAGAUUACUUCCGAAAAAGGUAGUUCUGGAUCUCAAAGCUUUCCAGUUUCGUCUUCAAAUACACCAAUUACAUCACCUCUUAUGAUGUCAGAUAAUAUAAGUAAAACACCUGGAUCGAAUGAAAAUUCAUCAUCAUCAGCACUGGAUCAUGCAAUGGCAGCAACAUUAGCACAGCUUGAUUCAAUUGAAGUUCCACUCUUGCCUAAAGAAGAAGAAAAGCCACCAAUUGCUGAAAUUCCAGAAGAACCAGUCGUUGAAUUUAAGGACAAAAAGGAAGCAAUUGAAGCAUUUAAAGAGUUCCUUAAAGAGAAAAAUGUUCCAGCGUGUACAUGGGAGCAGUGCAUAAAGAUUAUAUCAAAAGAUCCAAAAUAUAAUGCCUUUAAAAAACUAAAUGAGAAGAAGCAGGCAUUCAAUGCAUAUAAAACACAAAAACAAAAGGAAGAGAAGGAAGAACAAAGAUUAAAGGCAAAGAAAUCGAAAGAGAAUUUAGAAAAGUUUCUCAUGUCACACGAAAAAGUCGAUUCUACAGUCAAGUACUAUCGUUGUGAAGAAAUGUUUUCAAACUUAGAAGUAUGGAAAGCUGUGCCAGAACAAGACCGACGCGAUAUAUUCGAUGACUGUAUCUUUAAUUUAGCUCAACGUGAAAAGGAAGAAGCAAAAGUGCUCAAAAAGAGAAACAUCAAGGUCUUGAGAAAACUGUUGGAAUCGAUGGACUCGAUAUCAUUUCAAUCGACAUGGUCAGAAGCACAAGUCUUACUGUUGGACAAUAAUGAAUUUAAGAGUGACAUUUCACUUUUAGGAAUGGACAAGGAAGAUGCAUUGAUUGUUUUUGAAGAGCAUAUUCGUGCAUUAGAGAUUGAGGAAACAGAAGAAAAGGAGAAUGAAAAGAGACGUCAAAAACGGUUACAACGAAAGAAUCGUGACAAUUUCCUGACACUGCUUGAUUCUCUCCAUGAAGAUGGAAAACUUACAUCCGUUUCAACUUGGGUUGAAUUAUAUCCAACAAUAUCAGCAGAUUUACGUUUCUCAGCGAUGUUAGGACAACCUGGAUCAACGCCAUUAGAUCUAUUCAAGUUUUAUGUUGAUCAAUUAAAGGCACAUUAUCAUGACGAUAAAAAGUUAAUUAAAGAAAUCCUUAAAGAAAGAAAGUUUAAUGUUCAAGCAAGUACGUCGUUUGAAGAAUUUGCCACUGUUGUUUGUGAGGAUCAACGAUCAGCCUCUCUUGAUCCAGGAAAUGUAAAAUUAACAUAUAAUUCAAUGCUUGAGAAGGCAACAGCAGUUGAAAAAGAAAAACAAAAGGAAGAGAAUCGUCGAAUAAGAAAAUUAGAGAAUGAAGUUAAAAACCACUGGCUUGAUGCUGGUUUGACUGCAGCAGAUUCAUGGGAUAAGGCUAAAGCAUGUGUAAUUGAUAAGAUUGAUUACGAGGCGUAUGAUGCAGAAUUAAAGAUUGAAGAAGUUUGGAAUGAAUUCACAAAUGAGACAGAAAAUAUUUGCACUCAUCAUCACUCAAAAUCAAAAAAGUCGAAAAAGAAUCGAAAACGAAAGAAGCGUUCUCGAUCAAGUUCCGCAUCGUCUGAAGAACAUGAGAAUUAUGAGGAAGUGUCACCAAUUGAGGAAUAUGACGAAGAAAUUGUCGAAAAAAAGCGUAAAAAGAAGAAAAAGCAUAAAACACGAUCACCACACAGUUCUGGGAAUAUAAGUAAUGAAGAAUCAGAUGUUCCAUCCCCAAAAAUUGCACUAAGUGAUGAUCAGGCGAUGAGCGAGUCAGAACUUGAGACUAAGCGCUUGGAAUUACUUAAACAAUUAGCUGAAGAUUAAGAUUCCUUGUUUUUAUUAACAUUUUUUGACUUUUUCUUUAUUCCUUACAUUUUUUUAGUCUACAAUAUUCAAGGCAUGGUCAUUUUGAUAAACUCUGUAAUUUGUAAUAGCUUAAAAAUAAUUCUUUUUAUCGGCUUUUGUAAAUUUGAAUUCUAACGGUUUUCAAAUAUUCAAAUGAACUGAACUGAAAUUAACUUUGAACUACUGAACAACUUUUAACGUUUUUCAAAAGAACUGAAAUGAGCUUCAAGUUUUAUUCAAAAUAGCCAUUCCUUGACAUUCACAUUAAUUAAUUUUUUCUUAAAAACUGUAUAUUUUUAAUCUAGUAAUAUUACAUUUGUUUCCACGCAUAAGAUUCUUUUUUAA